GUAGGAAGAAGAAUAAGGAAGUUUCAAAACAAUAACAAUCCUGCCACUUUUCUUCUCCGCCAGUCCCAGUUCUCUAAAAGUAUCUUUCAGCCUCUUGAAAUCACUCCAUACUCCAUCACCUAAGUGCGAAGUUGGAACUAUAACUGCAAGUAAGAUAAAUGCAUACAUCUUUUCAUAAUGGCCCUAAGACCAUUGAAACAUAAGACCUUACGGGGUGCUGCGUGGUGUGCUGCCUCCUGUUGUAGCAACAACAGCGUUAGACAUCCUUACAAGUCCUUUUUCCGAUUUCCGAAAGAUUAUGAAAGAGCCGUAUUGUGGGCCCAAGUUCUUAACAGACAGGGCGAUCUUGAUAGAAAGGGAGUCCAUUAUAUGCAUAGAAAUUUAAAAGUGUGCAGUGAUCACUUUGAUGAAAAAUAUUUCAGAAGGGAUUCAAACCGGGUUCGGUUGUCUCUGGAGGCAGUGCCCUCAUUCAAUAAAAAGCCAGAAAAUUUAAGCACAGAACAUUUUACCGACAAGACUAAGGACCCUUGCGAUUACUAUAUCUCUGAAGACGGCUCUGAGCUCAUUGACACUUCAAAUAAUUGCCAUUAUCAAUUGCCCAUCAAUGCAUCAAUAGAAGAUCUUGGAUUGAAACCGGUAGUUUCAUCUAACAGAAAGUCCAGGAAGUCUAAAAAGUCAUCGCCAUCAAAUCACAGUGAAGAGUUUCCAGACGACGCUGAGGUAGUAUAUUUGACACCAAAAGAUCUGGAAGAUUUAAACAUGAUUGAGCCAAUCAUUGUAGUUCAUGGAGGAGCAGGAAACUAUACAUAUGCAGAUAUAUCGAGAUGUUUAAGGGGUGUUAGAGCAGCAGCUAUUAAAGGACAUCAAGUUGUGCAAAGCGGUGGCUCCAUUCUUGAUGCUACUGUUGCUGCAGUUGAGGUCAUGGAAGCUGAUCCUGAGUUUAAUGCAGGAAAAGGGUCUGUUCUGACCGUAGAUGGCAAAGUUCAAAUGGAAGCGUUAGUAAUGGAAGGAGAACAUAUGAAAGUUGGAAGUGUAACAGGUAUUACCAAUGUUGCGCAUCCCAUAAGUGUAGCCAAACUUGUCAUGGACUUACCUCACUCAAUUCUUGGCUUUGAAAGUGCAACCGCUUUUGCCCAUCAAAAUGGAAUACCUUUUGUACCUGAUGAAGAACUUAUUACACCGGCAUCUUUACAAGCUUUGGAAAAUUUUAAAAAUAAGAAAAUAUCCUCGGCAGCAACUGAGAUACCUGGAACAGUGGGGGCCAUUGGUAUCGAUAGCAACGGGCAUAUGGUUUCAUGUACUUCAACCGGAGGAAUGAACGGGAAAUUAACAGGACGUGUGGGUGAUACUCCAAUUCCAGGAAGCGGAGGAUAUUGUGAUGAUAACAUUGGAACUGUAUCAGCAACUGGAAAUGGUGAAUCCAUUUUGAGAUAUAAUGUCUCGCAACGAAUCCUUGCUUACCUGGAAGCAGGUACGGGUGCUCAGGAGGCAACUCGACUUGCUGUUGAAGGUAUGACUAAGCGCGUUGGCGGCGAAGCAGGUGCAAUAACAAUUGCCAAAAAUGGUGAUGUUGGGAUAGCAUUCACUAGCAAAAGAAUGUCAUGGGCUUAUGUGAAAGGCUCAAAACUGUAUUAUGGCAUCAAUCCAAAUGAGAUCCUCGAAGAAAACCUCUAGGUUAAUUCAAUUUCAUUUUAAUAAGGUAAAGACUGCUUUCACUGUGAUUUUUUACUUUCUCCUUUGCUCUAUUGUAGCCUUCACUAUCAUAAUAGGAUUUUUCCCCUAAUGAUAAAUAGACUUAACUGUAUUUCGUAUUUAAAAAUGUAACACUUUGCCUAUCAUGGUAUCUUGGGCACAUAUUUCUUUCAACGCAAGUGCGUUUCACCCCUUCCCCCCUCCCCCUAGAAAAGUUCAUUUGUGGGUUCUCCAUUUGAGGCCACGCUGGUCAAGAGCUGUACACAGCUCUGAUCCUCUGGCCCUAAUGGAGCGUUUAAUGUGUGCGACUGCAUCCUGGUCAAAACAACUAGUGUAACGUUCACUUAAUCAUUCAGUUUCGGUUGAUGCAAUCAGCAUGGCAGACACUGUACUAACAAGUUAAAUGUCUAAGUUCUGAGAGAGAGGAUAACUCAAAUCUUUGCUACCAUGCUUUUUGAAUGGGUUUUGGCAGAAAAAUUCCACCCUAAUCGUGUCCUCUAUUUAUUUAUGGUGAAACCUCAUUCUCAAAUAUAGCGAAAAAUAGAAUUGGAGAAAUGUUGUUAAAGAAUAUGAAAAAAUAAAAAUAAGUAUUUAAUAAAACCCAGCUUAAUUUUUUUUGGUCCAUUUUUUUCUUUUUACCAAAUGGAAUCAAGAAAACUGGUGUGUGUUUCACCAAUUUCAUUAAAUCUGAUCGUUUUCGGGAAAUGAUACUUUAUUGCCAAUGUUAGUAAAACGUUUUGACACUAAAGAUGUCAUCAAUUAAGAGACUCAACAUUUAUUUUAUCAUGAGUGGUGUGUCACCCAACCUUAGGGAUCAGGAUUCUGGUCUGGGAUGGGCUGAUUUUGGACUUUUUGAGUCCAAGACGGUCUUGCCAAAUUUUAUUUUCUGAACAGCUGUUGCUUAAGUAGCCAUUACCAAAGUGAAUUUGAAAAGCUGCAAGAGGAAGAAUUAUUUCAGCUUCUUUUAUAGCGAAAAUUGAAUUUAAAAAAAAAAGAAAGAAAGAAA